GUUUUAUAAACUCUUCUCAUCAUCAUUAAACGCCUACUUGACAUUGAUAUGAAGAAAACUUUUACUAUAAAUGUGUUGUUUGUUUUAUUUUAUCAUCCAUUUCAUGUGUGGGGUGUGUUUGGUGUUAAUCCAGAUGGAGUGAAGUCAGUGUCAGUGAUGGAGGGAGAUUCUGUCACUUUACACAGUGAUGUUACUGACAUACAGAGCUAUUAUCUGACAUUGUGGAGGUUUGGAGACGAUGGCUUUACCAUAGCUCGAAUCAACAGAGAUAAGAUCAUAUAUAGUGAUAUUCCAGCAUUCAGACACAGAAUGGUGUUGGAUGAUCAGACUGGAUCUCUCACCAUCACAAACAGCAGAAUCAAACACUCUGGACUUUAUAAGAUGGAGAUCAGCAACAGCACCGGGACAUCAGUGAAGAAAUUCUGUCUUACAGUCUAUGAUUCUCCGCUUUUGAUCGAAGCUGAAAAAGGUGAAUUAAAGACAGUGUCGGUAACAGAGGGAGAUCCUGCCUAUCUGAUGAUUGAAGAUGUUGACACACAGAGAUUUGAUCUGAUAGUGUGGAGGUUUGGAGAUGACGGCAUUCUUAUACUGAAGGGUGACAGAGAAGACAAUAAGACCACAUUUACUCAUGAUGAGAUAUAUGAAGACAGACUGGAGCUGAACUAUCAGACCGGAUCUCUCACCAUCACAGACGCCAGAAUCACAGACACUGGACUUUAUAAAGUAAAGAUCAGCGGUGACAGAAGAGCCGAAUACUUGAGAUUCAUUCUGACUGUCAGUGCAUCAGGUAUAUCUUCAGGUGGUGUAGCAGGUAUAGUUAUUGUUGUUCUGCUGGUCGUGUCUGGAGCUGUCGGUGUAUUUGUGGUUUUCAUUCGUCGCAGAACCUCUGCAAUAAAAAAACAAAAUGAUGUAUUUGUUGAUAAAUCAGUGUCAGUGAAGACGGGAGAUUCUGUCAUUCUACACACUGAUGUUAAAGAAAUACAGAAAGAUGAUGAGAUAACGUGGAUGUUUAAAGACACAUCAAUAGCUAAAAUGAAGGGAGAUCAAACUAUUGAAAAUAUCGAUGACAGAUUCAGAGACAAACUGAAGCUGAACCCUCAGACUGGAUCUCUCAUCAUCAAAGACACCAAAACUGAACACACUGGACUAUACAAAGUAAAGAUGAGACUUCAAGAUGUGACAUCAGCCCAGAUAUUCAGUGUUUCUGAGAGUGAUAAACUGUCUGUGAAUGAAGGAGAUCCUUUCACUUUAAACUCUGGUCAGACUGAACUAGGAGACAAUGUCAUGACAUGGAGGUUUAAAGACAAACAUAUAGCUACAGUCAGUGAACAUCAGGCAUCUGUUUAUGAUGAAGAGAGAUUCAAAGACAGAGUUCAUGUGGAUCCUCAAACUGGAUCUCUGACCGUCACAAACAGCAAAACUAAAGACUCUGGACUUUAUCAACUACAGAUCAGCACAGAGAAAUCAGAAAGAAAAUUCACUGUUACUGUCUGUGGUGAGUAA